AUGUGUACCCUCAAUGGGUACCCCCAUCAAGGACACUACAAGGAAGGAGACAGGAUUAUCGGGGGCUUCCUUCCCUUGACCAAGCCCCCCACCCUUCAAUAUGACAACUUCAGAAACCCUCCACAUCUUGUCAAGAGAGAUCAGAGUGUGGAGCUCAACAGUUAUCUACACUUCCUAGUUUUUGUCCAUGCUGUGGAGGAAAUUAAUCAAAGCCCACAUCUCUUACCCAAUGCAUCCUUGGGAUUCCACAUCUACAACUCUGCUUUUAGUGAUGAGACGGCACUGGGGGGGAUUUGGGGGCUCCUUUCGGGAACGAGGGCAGUGGCGCCCAAUUACGACUGUGGAGGAGGCAAUAAGGUCACUGCCGUUGUCGAAGGGCCAGCCGACAGUCAUUCGUUCGGGAUAGCCACACUGCUGGCACCAUACCGGUAUCCACAACUCAGCUAUGGGCUCCUGAACCCAGCCCUUCGCCCUAAAGCUCUGUUCCCUGCAUUGUAUGGGAUGGUCCCAAGCGAAGAGUCCCUCCUCACAGGGAUCGCCCGACUGAUCCAGCAUUUCAACUGGCACUGGGUGGGACUGAUUGCUUCAGAUGACGACCAAGGGGAAAGGGCUGUGCAGACUCUCGCCGGGGAGAUCAGCAAGGGAGGGGGCUGCAUUGCGUUCACUUGGAUGCUUCAGAAAUACACCUCUUACCGCGGUGAGAAGCACAAACAUCUCCUGGACGUCUUCCAGAAAUCUUCAGCCAAUGUGACAGUUCUCUAUGGAACAAAAGGCUACGUUGAAGCAUUCAGGAUACAGAUAUAUUGGUUCAGAGUCCAGCUUAAAGGGCAAGUGUGGAUCCUCACGGCCCAGGAAGAAUUCUUGUCACAAGUCAAAUACUCUUCUCUCCAGAUCUUCCAUGGAUCGUUGCUCUUUGUGGGACAUAAGCGGGAGAUUCCGGGAUUCAGACGUUUCCUCCAGAGAAUUAAACCUCGGCACUACCCAGCAUAUACAAUGCAGUGCAUGCCGUUGCUCGCGCUCUCCAUGCCGCGCUCUCACGACGGCCCCUGGGCAAUGCAAGGGGCAUCCAAUCGUGGCAGCGUGCGGUUUACGAACCCAGCAGGAGAGGAGGUGUUCUUUGACAAAAACGGAGACAUAGCGGCUGGCUACGACAUUUUCAACUGGAUCCUUUCCUCUGAGAAAAUCCUGUCUAAGGUCCCCAUUGGAUCUUUUCGGCCCCAAGCUCCUUCGGGACAGGAGCUCAUCAUUAACGAGAGGGCAAUCCAGUGGUAUGGCAAAUUUGAACAGCACCCCUAUUCAGUAUGCAGUGAAAGUUGUCGUCCUGGAUACCGAAAGAAAAACCGCAGAGGGGAGCCAGCUUGCUGCUUCGACUGUGUGCCCUGCACAGAGGGAGAGAUUUCCAACCAAAUCAACAUGGAAAGCUGUUUGCGGUGUUCAGAAGACCGGUACCCGAAUGAGGAAAGGGACAAAUGUCUGCCCAAAGUUAUCACAUUCCUGGCCUAUGAAGAACCAUUGGGGCUAACCUUGGCAUCGCUGGCCGUCUCUUUCUCUGUCCUCACCACCUGUGUUCUGGUGAUAUUCAUCAAGCACUGCAACACUCCUAUUGUCAAAGCCAACAACCGCGACCUCAGCUACAUCCUCCUCAUCUCGCUCCUCAUCUGUUUUCUCUGCUCCUUUAUAUUCAUCGGCUGCCCUAGAAAAGGCACCUGCCAGCUACGGCAAACCAUCUUCGGGGUUGCUUUUGCAGUGGCCAUCUCUUCCAUAUUGGCUAAAACCAUAACUGUGGUUUUGGCCUUCAAGGGCACUGAGAUGGGCUACAGACUGAGGAUCUGCCUAAAACCUAGGAUAUCCAACUCUAUUGUCCUUUUUGGGGGCCUCAUUCAAGUUGUUCUUUGUUCUGUCUGGCUGGGAACAUCUCCCCCUUUCCCAGAAAAUAACACCCAGUCAGAAGUCGACCAGAUCAUGGUCCAGUGUAAUGAAGGAUCGGUGGGUAUUUUCUAUGGUGUCCUGGGCUACCUGGGUCUUUUGGCCAUUAUCAGCUUCACAGUUGCCUUCCUGGCCAGGAAGUUGCCAGAUACUUUCAACGAAGCCAAGCACAUCACUUUCAGCAUGGUCAUCUUUUGUUGUGUCUGGAUCUCCUUCAUCCCCGCAUACCUCAGCUCUCAAGGGAAGACGGCUGUUGCCGUGGAGAUCUUCUCCAUUUUGGCUUCCAGUGCUGGGAUUCUGGCCUGUAUCUUUACUCCAAAGGUCUUUGUUAUCUUGGUGAGGCCAGACAGGAACACCAAGAAAUUUCUGAGGCGGAAAUAA